CGAAACUUCUGAAAAGGUAACUUUAUACAAAAAGUACCUUAAGUUCGAACGCCCUGCAGCCUCCUGUAGAAUUAAGCUGCUCUCCAUUGGCUCAAGCAUAGAUCUAGACAGAGUGCAAACUAUAAUGGAAUCUAUGGGAUCUAAGUUGUCUCCAGGUGCUCAGCAACUGAUGGACAUGGUCAGGUGUCAGCAGAAAAACAGCUUACCUCUUGGAGACAAACUUAAUUGGAUCUUUGGGAAAAAUUCAGACUUUGGAGGUGACCAUGCAAUAGAUGGAUUGCGCAGUGCAGCUCUUCAGACAUCACUAGAUCAACCAGCCAGUGAACCUUUGUCUGUUAAAAAUGACUUAACAAGUGAAACGGUAUAUGAAGACUUAAAAAUAAGUAAUGAUCUGAACACAGAGGUACCUGAAGGAGGGAAUACUUCUGAUUCUGAAAGACUUACUACCCAGGAAAAUACAGUUGACCUCAGAAAUUAUUUUAAAGUUAUGGGAUCUUUGCAUAUGCAGGAACAAGCGAGCGAAACCCCAAGUGUAGCUAACCCACAGGUGCUUCUUCCUUUUCUUCAAAACUUAUGUAGUCAAGUAAAUCAUCUUCGACUAAAAGAUGGCAAUAGGCGUUUUGGUAAAAAUGCAGUGACUAAAGAGGAAGGCAUUCAAUGUGAUGGAGUAGAACAGCAGCCUAUUUGCUCCUAUUUGGAAAAGAUCAUCUCAAAAAAUAUGGAUCUGAUGGAGAAAAAACUAGUGGACUAUAUUGAUCGCCAAAUCCAGGCUCUUCAGACACAUAUAGAUAAUAAAAUGGUUCUCUUAAUGGACUUGGUUCAGAACUCAAAGCCAAACAAAAUUUCACAAGCGCACUAUGAUUCUAACGAGGGGCUCUCUAAUGGAGAGAGGUAG